AUGCGCCACUCGCGCAACGCCCUCGUCGCGCUGGCCACUUCCGCCAGCGCUUCCUCCCUCGCAAGCGUCUGUACAACCUCGCACGUCCAAUCCGCCCUGCCCGCGAACGGAACCCUCCUCGGCAUCGACCUCAUCCCCUCUGCCGUCACCGCAAGCGUCUACAAUGCCUCGAGCGCCAGCUCCUCCACCUCCAGCACCGGCGGAAUGAGCAUGGGCGGCGGCUCAACCUCGUACAACUACUGCAACGUAACCGUGACCUACACGCACACCGGCAAGAACGACAAGGUCGUCGUGAAGUACGCCUUCCCUGACCCGGCGGACUUUAAGAACCGGUUCUACGUCGCCGGUGGUGGAGGCUUUUCUUUGUCUUCUGAUGCCACGGGCGGAUUGGAGUAUGGUGCUGUUGGUGGCGCCACAGAUGCUGGGUAUGAUGCGUUCAACUAUAGCUACGACGAGGUUGUUCUCUACGGGAAUGGAAGCAUCAACUGGGAUGCUACCCACAUGUUCGGGUACCAGGCUCUCGGCGAGAUGACGAAGCUCGGCAAGGUGCUCACCCGGGGAUUCUACGGCCAGGACAACGAUGCCAAGGUGUAUACCUACUACGAGGGAUGCUCCGACGGCGGCCGCGAGGGCAUGAGCCAGGUCCAGCGGUGGGGCGAGGAGUACGAUGGGGCCAUCACGGGUGCGCCGGCGUUCCGCUUCGCGCAGCAGCAGGUUCACCAUGUUUUCUCGUCUGCCGUUGAGAAGACGCUUGACUAUUACCCCACACCCUGUGAGCUCGCCAAGAUCGUCAACGCGACCAUCGAGGCCUGUGACCCGCUCGACGGUCGUACUGACGGCGUCGUCUCCCGCACUGACCUCUGCAAGCUCAACUUCGACCUCAAGACCAUCAUCGGCGAGCCAUACUACUGCGCCGAGCAGAACUACACCUCCCUCGGCUUCGGCUUCAGCAAGCGCCAAGCCGCACAGGGAAGCAGUACAUCCUACCAACCCGCGCAAAACGGGACGGUAUCCGCGGAGGGCAUCGCCGUCGCCCAGGCAAUCUACAACGGCCUGCACAACUCGGACAACGAGCGCGCGUACCUCUCCUGGCAAAUCGCCUCUGAACUCUCCGACGCAACGACGAGCUACAACUCCGACACGGACUCUUGGGAGCUUUCCAUCCCGUCCACGGGCGGCGAGUACGUGACGAAAUUCGUGCAGCUGCUCGACCUUGAUAACCUGUCCGACCUGAACAACGUCACCUACGAUACCCUCGUCGAGUGGAUGCAAACGGGAAUGGUCCGGUACAUGGACUCCCUGCAAACCACCCUCCCUGAUCUAACCCCCUUCCAAGCCUCCGGCGGCAAACUCCUGCACUACCACGGCGAGUCUGACCCGAGUAUCCCCGCCGCCUCCUCGGUCCGCUACUGGCAGGCCGUCCGGAGCAUCAUGUACCCCGACCUCAGCGCCGCGAAAUCCCUCGAGGCCUUGUCCGACUGGUACCAAUUCUACCUCAUCCCCGGUGCCGCGCAUUGCGGCGCCAACAGCCUGCAGCCCGGUCCGUAUCCGCAGAACAACAUGGAGAUUAUGAUUGAUUGGGUGGAGAACGGGGUGAAGCCGUCGCGGCUGAAUGCGACGGUCUCAUCCGGGGACUAUGAGGGCGAGACGCAGAUGCUUUGCCAGUGGCCCAAGAGGCCACUUUGGAAGAAGGGCAGCGAUGACUUUGAGUGUGUAAGCGAUCAGAAGUCCAUCGAGAGCUGGACGUAUGAUUUCCCGGCCUUCAAGGUUCCAGUUUAUUAG